CACAGCUCCGUUCAGUUAGGGCAGGCCAAUUCAGCUAUUCAUUAUCAACAACCCUGCAAUUUACAGGUUCCUGUCUAUGAAGAUCGAUAAGAGAGAGAAUUGAUCCUCGUCGUCUACGUACGGCUUUCAUCAUGCACGUGUUAUGAACAUCAACAAGACAAGGAACCCUCAACAUCUCCAUUAUUGUUGAAACAAUUACAUUCGAAUCUACACAUUCCCAAUUCUCAUAACGAAUCCAAUACAAUGUCAGCACCAUCUACAUCCACCGAGCCCUCCACCGCGCAGCCCAACUUCAACCUCCGCAAUCCGCUCCCCUUAUCCGCAACUCAAGAGCAACAAGUCAAAGACAUAUACUACAAAAGAGUUCGAGGAUACUGCGCGCCAGAAAUCAAAGCAUUCGCUGACUGCGCCCGCAACCGCACCUUCACAACAACAUGGGUCUGUCGCGAGCAACGACUCGCCAUGAACUCCUGCAUGCUCGCACACGCUGGACCCGAGGAAGAAGACCGCGCGCGCGAGGAAUGGUUUGCUAGUCGAGAUGCUCGUCGGCGGGAGCGCGAGGAGAAAGAAGCGGCUGUUGAGAAGCGGCGGACGGAGGUUAUCCAGCUGAUGAGAGCGGAGGAUGAGAGACCGAAGGGAGAGAAAUAAAUUCUACUAUCAGUAGCACACCUCUGUUUGAAGGGUGUUGUAUUUGUGAUUAUUGCAUGGAAUCGCGGCGUUCAGGGUGAAAUUGGACUGAAUCUCCCCAUACAUAUUUAUACUGCAGUUGGUUGAUGGAAGUUGUAUUCAGGUAUCAUGUAUAUUA